CUCAAAAUGCAAUACAAGACACCGACCGGUAUUUAUGUGACAGCGCGGUAAUAAGAAAGGAGAAACAAAACACAGAUGCAGCAGCAGCAGAAAGAAAAAGAACGAAGAAGAACGAACAAACUCUCUUCAUUCUCUCUCUGCAAAUGGCCCAUCACCCCAUCACCAUCGGAUCUCCGUCGCUCAUUACCUUUUUCAUAGAAAACGGGAUCUGAACUCAGCCGUCGAAUAUUCCCUGGAAUUUCAUCAAUUCCGUGGGCGGCCAUGUAUAACAAUCCUCAGCUCUGAGAUUUCCUCUCUCCAACAUGCGGUUUGCUUUCUGGCGAUCUAGAAAUCGCUUCUCCUUGGAAGAACUCAGAUAUCUAACUGAUCAACUGCAAAGAGUUCCUAUUGUAAAUGAUCUUAACAAGGAUUAUGUUAUUGAGGCUCUGCGAUCAAUUGCUGAGAUAAUAACAUAUGGUGACCAGCAUGAUCCAACUUUUUUUGAGUUCUUCAUGGAGAACCAGGUCAUGGGAGAGUUCGUGCGCAUAUUAAAAGUUAGUAAGACUGCGAGUGUUUCACUUCAGUUACUACAGACGAUGAGUAUUAUGAUUCAGAAUUUAAAAAGUGAACAUGCUAUAUGUAAGUCAUUGACUACUGGAGUGGAAACUAGUUUAAGCAUACAAAGUAGCUACUUUGGCUCUAAUAUUAUGGUCUGUUCUUGGACAUGUUGUGCAGAUUACAUUUUCAGUAAUGAACAUAUUAACCACCUUAUAGCAUAUUCCUUUGACUUUGGCAUUGAUGAGCUACUGUCGUAUUACAUAUCCUUUCUAAGGGCAAUAAGUGGGAAGCUGAACAAGAAUACAAUUUCUCUUCUAGUGAAGACCCAAAAUGAUGAAGUAGUUUCUUUUCCCUUGUACGUUAAGGCAAUACGAUUUGCUUUCCAUGAGGAGAACAUGGUCCGCAUUGCCGUACGUGCUUUGACACUUAAUGUCUAUCAUGUUGGAGAUGAAUAUGUUAAUAGAUAUGUCACAAGCCCUCCUCUAUCAGACUAUUUCGCAAAUUCAGUUACAAAUUUCAGGAAGCAGUGUAUCAGCUUAGAUGAAUGGGUUGCCGAAGCUGCCAAGAACCCGGGCUCGUCUGAUUCAACUUCUUCCAUUCUUUCUGCAGUAGAUGAAAUUGAAGACACUUUGUACUAUUUUAGUGAUGUGAUUUCUUCUGGGGUUCCUAAUCUUGGAAGAUUAAUAACAGACAAUAUCUUGCAGCUUUUGGUAUUUCCCUUGCUUCUACCUUCUUUGAAGAGGGAGUCUAGCUACGGAAUGCAAAUAGGUGCUGCUACUUCCUUAUACUUGAUUUCCUGCAUCUUGCGUGUGGUUAAGACCAAGGAAUUGGCAAGUAGUAUUGGUGCUGCCCUUUUCUGUCCUCCAGAGGCCUUCAUUCCGAAGUUGGAAUCCAAAACUAAUGGCUGUGUAUCUGAUCAUGGUCUACCUCAUGAAAGCCAACAAGUGGACCUUGAUGCUCUUGGUGUGGCAGACACGGGAACUUCAAGUGUUACCAUACCGGAUUUGUCUUGUUCUUCUCAGAAUCAUCCAGUAGAGGACACUUGCUCACAACACAAUUAUAAUGGUGCGCAUUUGUCUUUAAGGGACGUGUUGCUAUCAUACAUCAUAAGUGGGGAUGACAUACAAGCUUCUGGUGCUUUGAGUUUGCUAGCUACAUUGUUGCAAACAAAAGAACUGGAUGAGUCAAUGCUAGAUGCACUUGGAAUUCUUCCCCAAAGAAAACAACACAAGAAGCUCUUGCUGCAAGCUUUAGUGGGCGAGGGCUCUGGUGAAGAGCAACUCUUUUCCUCAGCUAGUAGCCUGACAAAAGAUGACAUCAGUAGUGAACUUGAUAUAUACCUGCAAAAUCUUAAGGAUCAUUAUGGGUUGGUGUAUUCAAGGGAACUGACAAUAAACCCUCAAAUCCAUAGACACCAGGUGCUCGAUGCAUUGGCUAGUCUUUUAUGUAGGUCAGGUAUAUCUGCAGAGACAUUAUGGGAUGGUGGUUGGCUUCUACGCCAGCUUCUUCCACACAGCGAGGAGGAAUUUAACAGUCACCACUUUAAAUUACUCAGGGAUUCUUACAGUAACUGCACUAAUGGUCUUAUUGGUGAAAUCAAAGGAAGCUGGUGUGAUCUACUUAUAGCAGUUAUGAUGGAUGAAUGGAAGAAAUGCAAAAGAGCAAUUGAAGCUUCGUCUCCUCAAAAAGAUCCUAAGAGCAUACUAUUGCCUCCACACACUUGCUCCCUAGAUGGCGAUUCAUCCUCUGCUGGAGGCGAAAGAAUGUACGAGACAGUUAAGGUGUUUGUACUUCAUCAUCAACUUAGAAUUUUCUGUGGUGGAGGGACAUUGCCUGAUCAAUCGCCCGUCUCUUCUCCGUUGGAGCCCCCUGUAAACUACCGAGCGAAAAAUGCUGGCCUGGAUGUUUUAGUUCCAAAGCCCAAUAUCGAACUAAAGCUAGUUGAUGCGGUGCCUUGUAGAAUUGCAUUUGAGAGAGGGAAAGAGCGUCACCUUUGCUUUUUGGCAAUCUCUAGGGGAACAUCUGGGUGGGUUGUCCUUGCAGAAGAGUUACCCCUUAAGCAGAACUUUGGAGUUGUUCGCGUUGCAGCACCAUUGGCUGGCUCAAAUCCCAGAAUAGAUGAUAAGCAUCCAAAAUGGCUACAUUUGCGCAUCCGACCGUCAACCUUACCUUUACUGGAACCCACCAAGUUGGGCACCAUUGGAAUAGCAAAGGCGAAGGCUCUGAUUGAUGGGAGGUGGACCCUUGCUUUCAGGGAUGAGCUAUCUUGCAAGUCUGCCGAGUCUAUGAUACUUGAGGAGAUGAAUUUACAGUCCAGUGAGGUGGAGAAGAGGCUAAGGCCUUGGCUUGAUCUCGACAAGCCUGUACAUUCCAUACACUCUUCUUGCCCGGGAAGUGAGGUGGAGAAGAGAUUAAAGCCUUUGUUUGACCUUGAUCGGCCUGUGCAUGCCCGAGCCCCCUCUGGCUUUGUUACAGAAGCAUCGUCAGGAACAACUCAUUCUUCAUAGGCCAAAUUUGUGGAAUUCUCAUCUGUAGUUGCUUUGUGGGUGGAAAGUGUCAUUGCCUUGUGUUAGUGAGCCCCUUUCCGGCUACUCUCAAAUCCCUACCUACCCCACGUGCCAGUGUGCUAGAUCAGCACAGUUCAUCAGGUGGACCCAUUGCCUGUGCCUUGACCCCAAAAAGUGAUCACAUGUUGUGUACAAUCAACGUCGACCUUGUUGUCAUUUUUUAACUCUCCAUUAUUUUCAUACAUGUGGCCAACCUGAUGACCAAAUCAUCCAAUUCCCAUGCGGCACGUAGUACGGCCCACCAGUGAAUGGAUUGGACCUCACACGUGCAACAAUGUCACAUCGGCAGGUCAGGGCUGCCAGCAGCCAUUGCAUUGAUAUAUAUGAGUACAGACUGCUCUUAUGCACAUUAUUAGUUCCAUAGGGCAGCCUUCAGAAACAGAUGUGGGGCUGCAGCCAUUGAAUCAUCAGUGGGUCAAUGCCAUUCUUUGUAUAUUAUCUCUUCGUUCCUUGUGCCCUGAUUUUGUAAUAUGUAUCUUAUUCUCAGUGGUCAUUCUUUAACAUAAGAGACCCUAGCAGGGGGUCUUUUUCUCUUUUGAGCUCUGAUUCUCUCAGCGUAUUUGAGAUUUCUGCGCCUAUUUUUUUUCUUCAAUUCAGUGAAAAAGUACAAGUGUGUAAAAUUUAGAUCAUGAAAUAUUCAAUAUACAGAGCGUGUGAAUUGGGAGGGAUGAGAAAUUAAGAAUGAUGCUUUGCGUUG